GAGUGGAGUUGGGGGCUGGCUGAGGGACACAGUGGCUGUGUGGAGGCCGCUCACCUUGCGAAACAAAUAGGAAGCUGACGCGCUCCGCGACGCUCUCCACAUGCGAAGCUCCGCGUCCCGGUGGAGAGACACCUUCGAGCCGCCUAGAAGUCCGACACCCAGGCGCCUUUACCUUUGAACAACACAUUUCUUCACGGAGAGGAUACAGCAACGACAUUUAACUUUGAGCCACCGUCACAUUCUUCCACAGGCUGGCCGCAGUGAAUGAAGAUGCAGUGUCCCAGAAUCUGUCCAGAUGGCCCCGGAGAGGAGCGGAGGCGUAGGAAAUAAGUGACUCUAGGAAACGGCAGGUCCUUAUGGUUGAGGUGGUCUUAGGUGCCCCUUGCCAUGCCUCCUGCCAUGACAGACCUCCUGGACAUAUGGGCGGCCCACUCGCCCCUGGCCGGACACGCUCCGGAUCAGAUCACUGUGGACUUCCUGCUGCCCACCGGCAUCUACAUCCAGAUGGAUGUUCCCCGCGAGGCUACAAUUCAACACAUCAAACUGCUCUUAUGGAAGCAGGCUCAGAACUUCCCACUGUUUCCUUCCCUUGGCGAAAUGGAAAGCCACAUGUUCGAAUGUGUCAACCAGGCAGCUGUGCACGAAGAGCUGGAGGAUGAAACCCGCCGACUCUGUGACGUUCGGCCCUUUCUGCCAGUCCUGAAGCUGGUGACACGCAACUGUGGGCGAGCUGAGCGCCUGCUGGACUCCAAAAUAGGAGUACUCAUUGGAAAAGGUCUCCAUGAACUGGAUGGCAUUAAUGACCAGGAGGUGAAGGACUUCCGCAGUAAGAUGUUUCGUCUCAGUGAAGAGAAGAUGCAACGAGUGCAAAUGAUGACAUGCAACGAGUGGCUGCAGGCCUGUUUCUCGCCGCAGCUGGAGCCUGCAGCAUUGACAACUAUCACAGAUGGGCUCAAUGACCGGCCAGCCGAACUUAGAGUCUUCAUCCACUUUGACCAGUCUCAGGACUCAACAAGUCUGAAGGUGUCGUCGUCUUGGACCCCCUCUGAGCUGAUGGAGAUGGCUGUGAAGAAGUGGCUUAUCACUCACGCACCUGAGGAGGAGGAGUGGAGUGGUCAGUACGUGCUCCGAGUCAGCCAUUGCCUGGAGUUCCUCUGUGGAGAUCAUCCUCUGAUUCAAUACAAGUACAUCCGCACAUGCCUUCAAGCCAAGGAGAAUCCUCACCUCACCCUGGUCCACACCAGCACCAUUAAAGAGAUGUUCGACAAGGAAAUGUCUGCCAUCAGUGCCGUAGUCAGCCGCAAAUCCUCCAACCCACCGUUACCACUACCUCCCAAACGAAGAGUUCCCACGCAAGCCCAGACGUGUGUGUGGGACGUGUCGAGCUCCUUCAGGAUAGUCCUGGUGAAAGGCAGCAAGGUGAAUGCCGAAGAGAGCGCAAAGGUCCAGGUGAGGGCGGGCCUCUUUCACGGCACAGAACUGCUGUGCAAGCCGGCCGUGAGCAGCGAGACCAGCGGGCGCUCGGAGCACACCUGGAGGGACAACGCUCUGGAGUUUGACAUUUCCAUCUCUGAUUUACCACGCAUGACCCGGCUCUGCUUCGCUAUCUACGCCGUCAUGGAUAAGGUCAAGAAGCAGAAGUCCACCAAGAAUCCUCACAUAAACAAAUACCAGACCAUCCGAAAGGCAGGGAAAGUGCACUACCCCAUAGCUUGGGUCAACACAAUGGUGUUUGACUACAAAGGGCAGCUGAAGACUGGAGACAUUAUCCUGCACUGCUGGUCUUCUUUUCCUGAUGAACUUGAAGAGAUGCUGAACCCAAUAGGAACCAUUCAGACCAACCCAUACACUGAGAACGCCACAGCGCUGCACAUCCACUUUCCAGAGUACUCGCCAUAUCCUAUCGUCUUUCCCCCUUUCGACAAGAUCCUGGAAAAAGCUGCACAGAUUGCCAGAGCCAGUGACUCCAUGUCCAUAGGUCGCGGUGGAAAGAAGUUCCACAUUGAACUGAAGGAGAUUAUGGAGCGGGACCCGCUUUCUCAGCUGUGUGAAAACGAGAAGGAUUUAAUUUGGACACUACGCCACGACUGUCGUGAGAUUUUCCCCCAGUGUCUACCAAAGCUGCUGCUCUCCGUUAAGUGGAGCAAACACGACGACAUGGCCCAGCUCCAGGCCCUGCUUCAGAUUUGGCCCAAACUUUGUCCCAGAGAUGCUCUGGAGCUUCUGGACUUCAACUAUCCUGAUCAGUACGUCAGAGAGUACGCUGUGGGCUGCCUGCGGGACAUGAGCGAUGAGGAACUGUCCCAAUACCUCCUGCAGUUGGUGCAGGUGUUGCGUUAUGAGCCCUAUUAUGACUGUGCACUCACCCACUUCUUGCUGGAACGUGCUGAAAGGAACCGUAAAAUCGGACACUUCCUCUUCUGGCACCUUCGGUCAGAGAUCCACAUGCCAGCCGUUUCAGUCCAGUUCUCCCUCAUCCUGGAGGCCUAUUGCAGAGGAAGCAUCCCUCAUAUUGAGGUUUUAAAGAAACAGGUGGAAGCCCUGACUAAAUUGAAGUCUGUCAAUGAGUUAAUCAAGCUGGGAACCCUUAAAAACGCUCGAAGCAAAACAAAGGAGGCCAUGUUGACCAAGGAGGCCAUGAUAACGUGUUUGAGACAGAGCGGCUACUCGGAGGCUCUGUCAGACCUGAGCUCCCCUCUCAACCCCAGUGUGCUGCUGUCUGACAUCAGUGUGGAGAAGUGUCGCUACAUGGACUCCAAGAUGAAGCCUCUUUGGAUUGUUUACAACAACAAGCUGCUUAAUGGAGAUACUUUGGGAAUCAUCUUCAAAAAUGGAGACGACUUGAGGCAAGACAUGUUGACCCUACAGAUACUGAGGUUGAUGGAUCUUCUGUGGAAGGAAGCAAAUCUGGACCUCAGGAUUGUUCCAUAUGGUUGCUUAGCAACGGGUGACAGAGCAGGACUCAUUGAAGUGGUCUCAUCAGCAGACACGAUCGCCAACAUCCAGUUGACCAACAGCAACGUUGCAGCAACCGCGGCGUUCAACAAGGAUGCUUUGCUAAACUGGCUGAAAGAAAGGAACUCUGGUGAUGCUCUCGACCGGGCCAUUGAGGAGUUCACAUUGUCCUGUGCGGGCUACUGUGUAGCUACUUACGUCCUGGGCAUUGGAGACCGCCACAGCGACAACAUCAUGGUCCGCAGCACGGGGCAGCUGUUUCACAUAGACUUCGGUCACAUCCUUGGCAACUUCAAGUCCAAGUUCGGCAUCAAGAGGGAACGCGUACCCUUUAUCCUCACACAUGACUUCAUCCACGUCAUUCAACAGGGCAAGACGGGGAACACGGAAAAAUUUGGCAGUUUUCGUCAAAAUUGCGAGGACGCUUAUCUUAUCUUGAGGAAGAACGGCAACCUCUUCAUCACGCUGUUUGCCCUCAUGCUGACUGCUGGACUACCUGAGUUAACCUCUGUCAAAGACAUCCAAUACCUAAAGGACUCUCUUGCUCUGGGGAAGACAGACGAUGAGGCCCUGAAGCAGUUCCGCCAAAAGUUUGAUGAAGCGCUGAGAGAAAGUUGGACGACCAAGGUCAACUGGAUGGCCCACAACGUGGCCAAAGACAACCGCUCCUAGACCAGCUGGAACCACCUUAAAAACUGGGGGUCUGGAGAAAUGUUGAGGGAAUGUGUGGAAGGGGCCAGAUGUGCCAAAGAGACAGGGUGAUGUGAAUAUACGUAUAUACCAUUUACCCUGAAUUGAAGAAGGGAAUCUAGCUCAAAUCUGAAACCCAAGCAGAUUCAACCCUGCGUGCUGUAAACUGGGUAAAUAUACUCUGAAAUGGUUCAGUUACCCUGCAACCUCAUCACCUUCUUUAACUUUGGAAUGGCAACCCAAAACUUUAAAAGUAUGGUCUGGAAUCAUUUCUGUGGAAUCGCCGUCAUUGAUGAUAUUUGCAAGCUUUGCACAGACUGAACAGCUGGUGGAGAACCCAGCCAGAGGAACGGAACUGAUCCCUCUUCGCCCGCGCCAAAAUGCCUGACAGGACCUCCCCGUUCAGGAGGCUACAGCAUCACUUAACUACUGGAGUGUUUGGAGGAAGGCUGGAUUCAGCAGGUGGAAACUCGAAUGGAAAGGGCCGCCAUAUUUUUGACGACACCCCAGAAGAGCAUCAAGAAAGAUUGUGAAAACAAAGAAAAUGGUGGCGGUUAAAACAGACACGCAGUUGUCCUUGUCCUUGUUUUGAAAUACUGAAUGCCACAACCAGUACAACCUUGGACCUGUUUGAAAGUCUGCUGCAAAACUGCGAGAAGAUUGUAUUUGUUUUGUUUUUACUGUGUAAGAGACAUCUAUGUGCCAGACUACUUUACUAGUCCACACAGGAAACAUGUGAGGGAAACGGAAAAAGGUGACUUCUUGGAGGAAAAAGAUUCUCUGAGCCUUCUGGUCCACAGUCUGACUCUUGCUUCAUUUGGAUCUUCGAACACUGGAAUGUUUUUAGAGACACACGAGUCGUUUGAGUAAUUCAAAAAGACUUUUAAUAAACUAAAUACUUCAUUUUAUUUUUUAUUUCAAUUUUUUUUUUUUUUUUACAUUGUGCAGUCGGAAGCAUUACUAUGACUGUCCUGUUUGACAUCUUUUUAAAGGACCAACAAGCAAUGAUGUCAAAGCCGAUGCUUUUACACGUAAUGUUACAACCAAAACAUGACAGCAUAUGUUUAAUAAUUUUAUUGUGUUUUUAAUAAUCUGUUUCCAAACUGAAUGUGCAAACAUGUGCCGCUCUAUUACAUGCAUUUGCUUUGAUAGAAGCAGCUGUGGGCGGAGUCAGCAGCCAGGUGGGCGAGAUUUGUCAGCAGAGAGUAAGACUGAUGCAGACCUACUUGUUUGGACAAAUGGUGCUCUUGCAGCAUCUGCAUCUGUAUUCGAUGUUUGUGCAAUAUCCAAAUAGAUGUCCCAUAUCCUGUCAUCUAUACCUCUGGGUCCAGGCCUCAACCUAUGUUAUGCUCAUGUUGUCUCCUGGUUUAUGUGCGAAACAGAACCACUAGCCUUCAGAAGUCUCAAACACUGGAUAUCGCAAAAAUGUACAGGCUUUUAUUGUUUUGCCUUUUUUGUUUUCAUAAGAGUUUUAUUAAAGUUAUUUUCCACAGUGCAGCA